AUGUGCGAAUCCAAUCCUCUGCUUUAUGAAUCUAUUAACCUUCAGGAUUUAUUAAUGUGUGAGUCCAACAUAGAUGAUGUUAUGACCAUGGUUAAUACCAAUCUUUCUACCGAUCAGUCGUCUACCAUGACAUCACCUGAGUUUGAACCUCAAAUUCAAACAAUGCUUAUCAAUAAUAAUACAAAGAACUCAUCAUCUUCUCAAUCUGGAGAUUUGUCAUUGAAUGAUUUUCAAUAUCCAGUUCCCUCUUCAGACAUGCCUUCCUUGAGUUCUCAAGAGCCUUUUCUAUUCUUACCAAACUCUACCGCCCUUGAUAAUAUCUUUCCAGGGUCUUUGAAUAAUUUGCCAACUUCUAGCAAAAACUCUAUGGAAGAUAUUUAUUCUCAAGAAACAUUUUUAUUCUCUCCAAACUCCGCUAACAUCGGUUCUUCAGAGCCUCUAUUCUAUUCGCCAACUUCUAACAAAAUCUUUACAGAAAACAACAGUUUCCCGAAUAAUCUUUCUCCAUCAACUUGUACACUCUUUCAAGAUUUAAAUGUUUCUCCAAAUAACUCUGCAUUGGCCAACUUUGGCAAUUACUCUUCUUCAAUGGAAGAUAUAUUUGUCACAUAUGAUACUUCCACUGAAUAUGAUACGAUUUCUUUUGAUGAAUCCUUAAAAAAGAAACAUAAAGGUUCUUUGGCAUCGAACACGCGUUCAAAAUUUCCUGUGAUUGAUAGAAAUACUAUUAAAGCGAUACUGGCAUCUUUGUAUGAUACCACGAAUCGAACCGUCGAAUCUUCUGGCACUAACCUUGUCAAAGACAACCGUUCUGAUAAAGAUAAUGCAGAAUGUGAAGAAAGUUCAUUUUCCAAUCCGAAGUUACCAGUAUCUAGCCCCAAGUCUUCGACUGCAACUUCUGAACCACAACCAAAACCGAAAGCGCAAAACAAGCAAAAUAAAACUGCACACAAUGUGAUUGAGCGUCGUUAUCGAAAUAAUAUUAAUGACCGAAUUAAUGAUCUAAAAAAUGUAGUUCCCGCACUAUGCCAUUUAAAAAGCAGGGAUGAUGACGUAAUCGAAGAAGUAGAUGGUAUUCCGGCCGCUACAAAAACAAAUAAAGCUACUAUUUUGAGAAAAGCAACCGAAUAUAUUGUACAUCUAAAAAAGAAAAACCUCGAUCUCAAAUGUGAAAAUGUCAUUUUAAAAAAGAUUAUUGCAGCUAUCCCUGGUGGUAUCGAGUUAUAUGAUGCUUAUCUCAAGAUUGAAAGUGAAAUGGAGACUCCGCCGGAUACACCUCCUUCUGAGAUUGACCCUUAUAUUCCAUAUCAAUAUAAACCAUCAACUCCUCCCUCUAGAAAUGCUGGACGUGUCAUUGCUAGUAACGAUAAAGAAUCAGUAGUUCCAGAUGGAAUUCAUAGAUUAUGGGAUAGUAUGACGAUCGAUAUUUGGAUUAUUACUUUCCUUAUGUGUUUUACUUAUAUCAUCUGGCCAUCUUUGUUUUCAACCAUUCGUAAACCUGUUAUCAUAUCUCGUUCAACUCCCAAAAUUAAAGAUGCAACAAAGCUUUACUUGUCCCUUUCAUCCCUUUCGAAUAUUUCGUCAAUGAAUACUUUGGGAUUUGCGGCUGGUCUUUUUAUUGAAUCUUUAAGAUUAUUUUUAAGAAGAUUUUUGGGAUGGGAUAUUUUUUGUGAUCAUGUUAACGUAGGCAUGGAUGAAAGAUUGUUAGAGGUUGAAUUAUGGAACCGACUUGGUGAAGCAGAAUUAUGUGGUGGAAAUAAACAUGUAACUCGUCUUUCAAUCUUAUACACAUGCCUUCGAACGAUUAAUAUUUUGGAAAAUCCUUAUAAUAUGAAUAUGCAUGCCAGCCAUUCUCGUAUAUAUGCAAAUGCCGCAUUACAAUGUUAUGUUGGCCUUCGUUCAGUUCCUUUUUUACGCCGUAGAGCUGUAUCUCACUUUUGGGAACUGGCUAUUAAAGAAAAAAGUUGUUUCAGUUCUGAAGAUAAAUGGCUUGAAAUCGCACUUAUUAGAGAUCAAUAUAACGACAUUUUGGAAAAUGUGGCCAAUAGGAUCAAUGAUCAUAUUUUUCAUUCAUCAAAAAACGCGAAAACUUUUCAAUCUGUAGUUAACACAACCGUUCCACUUGUUUAUGUUUCCGAAAUUCAAGCUCUUUUCCAUAUCAAGGAAGCCUUUUACAAUCUUAUUUCUGAAAGACAUGGCAUGAUUAAGAUUCAAAAAAAAAGUAAAAAUGAUCUUGGCUCAGAACUAGUAAACAAGUUAAAGGAAGGAUCAAUGACUGAUGACAAUUUGAAUAAACAGAUUAUUAUAAUGAGUUUACUCUCUCGAUCUCACUUAAUUUGUGGUAAAAUUAAAGCUUCUAUUCAUUGUGCUGAUAAAGCUAUAAACUGUAUUUCUUUACGAAAAAAUGAACAAAUGGAAACUAUAGAAAUCGAAAAAAAUUUGAUGAUUAGGGAGAUUGUGAAAGAUAUUCAAGAUUUAGUAGAGUUUUGCGUUGGAUGGAUUGCUUUAGAAACAAGAGUUGUUGUACUGAAAAUUGUCGGAAAUUUCUUAUCAAAAAAUGAGGUUAGAAAAUUGCCAAAUGUACUUGUUGAGAACCAUUUAAGAUCUUCCAUUAACAUUUUGGCUCGUUAUCUGCGUCGAUCGACAAAAUCUGACGCAUUUGAUAAAAUCUCAAAAUUACGAGAAAGAUUUAUAAGGAAACUUGACGCUCUCGGAAGGAUUAUAUCUGGUAUCGAUGAGAAUUAUGACCCUGGGUGUGAUUGUGACGAUUACGAUAAACAGGACAGUAAUGAGUAUAAAGCCACAAGGGCCUUACGUGUCUUAAAGGGAAUGUAA